AUGACGGAGCAACAACGACAACAAUUGAAGAUUUUGCUUAACACAUUCAGUGACCAGAAGAUUGAUCUUGAGACAUGCAUAGACAACAUCGUUGAAUUGUUUCAGAAAAAUGAACAUAUACAUUUAACAACUGAUGAAUCGCCUCGUCCACGAAGUAACAGUAUUUUUGAUGUUGCUCUUAAUCCUCCACCUGUGCAUACAACUCAACGUCAUCUCUCAAGCACUUACAAUGAACAAGGUCUAGUGAACAAUACUGAUACCGUGCUCUACGAUAAUCAUGAUUUUGACUGA